AUGAGUGGAAGAGCCAGAUCGCAGUCCAGGGGCCGAGCACGUGGCCAGGACACAGCGCAGGGGUGUGGAAUUCCUAUCGCCCGACGCCCAGGACAUGCAGAGCCUAAACCUUUGCCAAGCAUUAUGCAGCCAGGAGCAUCCACUGACACUGAGUUGGUUGGCCGUGGCCGACAGAAAACAGCUCCUCCAGCAUCUAGAACAUGUGCAUUGGCUAUCUCAGCUGGUUUUCAAGACGUAUCAAUAGGAGAACGCGGCGGCAGAAAGCGUGAUUUUCAUGAUAUUGGUGUUUGCACUAGACAGACUAUUGAGCAUGUAAAAGAUUCUAAAACAGGUGUUUCUGGCAAAGCUAUUCAGCUGCUUGCCAACCAUGUUAAACUUAUUUCCCUGCCUAAAUGGUCCUUGUAUCAGUAUCACGUUGACUACAAUCCACAGAUGGAAUCCAGAUUUUUGAGGUCAGCUUUGUUGUAUCAGCAUGACAAUUUGAUUGGAAAAGCCCAUGCUUUUGAUGGAACAAUAUUGUUCUUGCCCAUACAACUAAAUAAGGUUAACGAAGUCUUUAGCCAAACCCGCAAUGGGGAAAAUGUGAAGAUUACAAUUACUUUGACAAAUGAGUUGCCACCUACAUCACCUACGUGCUUUCAGUUCUACAAUAUUAUAUUUCGCAGGCUGCUUAAAUUGAUGAACAUGAAGCAAAUUGGUCGCAAUUACUACAACCCUGAAGAUCCAAUUGACAUUAGAACACACAAGUUAACUAUUUGGCCUGGCUUUACAACCUCUAUUUUGCAAUACGAGACCAGCAUUAUGCUGUGCAUUGAUAUAAGCCAUAAAGUUCUUCGAAGUGAAACCGUUUUGGAUGUCAUGUACAACUUGCAUUCAAAAGUUGGAGAGCACCACUUCCAUGAUGCUUGCAAAAAAGAAUUAAUCGGACAGAUAGUACUUACCAAGUACAACAAUCGAACAUACCGUAUUGAUGAUAUUAACUGGGAAUUUACUCCAGAGUCAACAUUCAAGAAAUCGAACGGCAGUGAUGUCUGCUUUAUUGACUACUACAGAACACAAUAUAACAUACAAAUCACAGAUCUAAAGCAGCCUGGAGUUAUCAACAAUCCCAAAAAGAUAAAAGGACCACCUGGAACACAACCAAGUCCUAUUGUUUUGAUUCCAGAAUUUUGCUUUUUAACAGGUUUAACUGACAGAAUGAGAAGUGAUUUUACUGUAAUGAAAGACCUAGCAAUUCAUACUAGGCUAGCCCCUGAGCAAAGAGAAAAGCAAGUCUCAAAAUUUUUGGAUUACAUUCACAAGGAUGAUAAUGUUCAGAAAGAACUCAAAGACUGGGGUCUCAACUUUGACACUAAUUUGACGUCUUUUUCUGGAAGAGUUGCUCCUCCUGAGAGAAUUUUGCUGUCAAAUAGACAUGUAGAGUAUAAUCCCCAGUCUGCAGACUGGUCAAGAGAAUUAAAAGGACCCACCCUAAUCCAUGUUAAACACCUGGAUAACUGGUUGUUGAUAUAUGCUCGGAGAAACUAUGAUGCAGCUAAUACUCUAACACAGAAUUUGUUCAAAGCAUCACAACAAAUGGGGAUUAGAAUGAGUAAAGCAAUCAUGGUUGAAGUAGACGACAGUACAGAUGCAUAUGUAAGAGCUCUCCAGCAGAAAGUCCAGCCUGAUACACAGAUGGUCGUUUGUCUUCUAUCCAGUAAUCGCAAAGACCGAUAUGAUGCUGUUAAGAAGUUUCUUUGUGUUGACUGUCCAGUUCCCAGUCAGUGUGUGGUAGCAAGGACCUUAAGCAAACCCCAGACUGUUUUUUCAGUUGCUACAAAAAUUGCUUUGCAAAUGAACUGCAAAAUGGGUGGAGAACUGUGGAGCCUGGAAAUACCUCUGAAAGAGAUGAUGAUUGUUGGCAUUGACUGUUACCAUGACACUGUGGCUGGGAAAAGGUCUAUUGCUGGUUUUGUUGCAAGCUUGAACCAAGGAAUGACUCGAUGGUUUUCUCGUUGUGUUCUACAGGACAACAAACAAGAGAUCGUUGAUGGACUUAAAGUUUGCAUGCAAGCUGCCCUUAAAGCCUGGCAUGUUUGCAAUAAAACUCUCCCUUCCCGGAUCAUUAUCUACAGAGAUGGAGUUGGAGAUGGGCAACUUGACACACUGGUUAAUUAUGAAAUUGGCCAGUUAGUUGAUAGCAUAAAAGCUACGGGAAAAGACUACAGUCCCAGGCUUUCGGUUAUAGUGGUAAAGAAGAGACUUAAUACCAGGUUCUUUGCUAGUUUGGGUGGCAGACUUCAAAAUCCACCUCCUGGGACAAUAGUUGAUGUAGAAGUCACCAGACCUGAAUGGUACGACUUCUUCAUAGUCAGUCAGUCUGUGAGACAAGGUACAGUGUCUCCAACACACUACAACGUUGUAUAUGACACUGGGGCUUUGAAGCCUGACUACAUGCAGAGAUUGACAUAUAAAAUGUGCCACCUGUACUAUAACUGGCCAGGAGUUAUCAGAGUGCCAGCUCCUUGUCAGUAUGCUCAUAAACUGGCCUUCCUGGUGGGACAGAGUCUACACAGAGAACCACAUCUGUCCCUUGCUGACAAACUUUACUACUUGUAG